AGAAGGGGCAGUGAAGGGGUCAAGAGCAUGGGUUUUGACAUCAUAAGAUCUGCAGUCCAAUGCUCACCACUGACCACUGACUCACUGUACAGCCUUCCGAAGCUGCUUCAUCUCUACAGGCCCCAAAAUGGAAAGUGCAAGUAAUGAAACUUCAUGUAGGACUCUUGUGAGAACUAAUUCAGAAACAAUGCUUAACGCUGUAUCUGAUGUGUACUAAGUGGCCCAUAAAUCAUAAAUGGUACCUUUAAAAAUAUCUGUUAUGCUUAAUGCAUUGAAAAGUAAGUUAGAGUCAAGACGUGGAAGUUUCUGUUUGCCGACACUAGGUAUUUGGACUUUAUCCUGCAGCCCAUGGGCAGCCAAGGAAGAUAUUCCUGCAGGGAUGAUAUUAAAUCAAUUACUUUUUGGGGAAAUCUUCACCUGUCAUCAGUUUGGGGAGAAAGGAGGAAUGUUGGCAAGGAGGCUCUGUCAGUAUCCAAGCAAAGUGGAGAAGGGCCCUGGGGUGGUGGAGAAGGGAAGGGGGUGGAAAACACAAAUUUGUGAACUUUAGAAAGGAAGAUGGCUGAGGAGCAAGGGAUGGGUCAGCUUGGCAACCACAGAGAAGGAAGGAGGGGUCAAAGAUACGUUUUGAGAAGGCAUCUGUGAUGGCAGUGACCCAAACUGCAGUGCGAGGGGAGGAGAGACAGUGCUGUUCUCUCUCCUGGGGGAGGGCCACCAUCUGGGAUCACUGGACCCAGGUCCCACACCCCCAAGGGCACUACUUGACACAUUGAUUCAUUUGUAUCCUGCUUUUCUCAAAAAGGUUUGAAGCGGUUUUACACCAGAUACAGUGGAUGGUUUCUACUUUCCUCACAAGUGACAAUGAACUGAAACCGUGACAACCAAAAAAAAAGGAGAUAAAGGGCGGAGCACAACAUGAGGGGGAGGAGAGAAUGAGGGCAGAAAAUGGACUGACCAGGUGUGUGGAGGGGUGCUGGCUCCACCUGUCCACUCGUGGCCUUCGAAUUAUUCCAUCAUUUCUAAUCCAUUCCCUUUGCAAGAGAGGAAUCCCUCCCAGGAAAAACAGAAAAACCAGGUCUUUCUCAACAGCAAUUUUACUCUUCCUUUCCUGUGCAAUGUCAGAAGCAAUGGCAGGGGCCUCCUUCUCCAGAGCCAAUACAACCCCCAAGAAGGGAGAGAGAGAGAGAGGGAGAGAGAAAGCAAGAAAGAGCCACAGAAAGGGAGAGAGAGACAGAGAGAGCCCAUUGCCAGUAGGCACUGCCAGGCGAGCUGCUGGUUGGAUGGCUGCAGCCGCGGCAGCCACAGGAUGAUCCAAAUUGUGGCUUUGCUUCCUCUCUCUUUCUCUUUGGUAGCACACAAUCACUCAGCCCUAGAUUCCUCUGUGUUUCAUACCUAGGAGGUCAGGGAGGGCACCUUGUAGUGCCUGAGGCCCCGAGAGGGUUCACAGCCACCUGAGAAGUGUUUGCAGUCUAUGGGUGUGUAAGCUGGGUCAGCUGUGGGAUGGCGUGGAGAGAAAACAAGAAAAAGUUGUUUCCCUCAGCUCUCUGCUGAAAAAAUGCUCACGGGGAGUCAGUCAACAUUUGGUAUCUCAGUAACGAAGAAGACACAUACAUCUCAAAUUGAAAUUAUUCCAUGCAAGAUCUGUGGAGACAAAUCAUCAGGAAUCCAUUAUGGUGUCAUUACAUGUGAAGGCUGCAAGGGAUUUUUCAGGAGAAGUCAGCAAAGCAAUGCCACCUACUCCUGUCCUCGUCAGAAGAACUGUUUGAUUGAUCGAACCAGUAGAAACCGCUGCCAACACUGUCGAUUACAGAAAUGCCUUGCCGUAGGGAUGUCUCGAGAUGCUGUAAAAUUUGGCCGAAUGUCAAAAAAGCAGAGAGACAGCUUGUAUGCAGAAGUGCAGAAACACCGGAUGCAGCAGCAGCAGCGUGACCACCAGCAGCAGCCUGGAGAGGCUGAGCCGCUGACGCCCACCUACAACAUCUCGGCCAACGGGCUGACGGAACUUCACGACGACCUCAGUAACUACAUUGACGGGCACACCCCUGAGGGGAGUAAGGCAGACUCCGCUGUCAGCAGCUUCUACCUGGACAUACAGCCUUCCCCAGACCAGUCAGGUCUUGAUAUCAAUGGAAUCAAACCAGAACCAAUAUGUGACUACACACCAGCAUCAGGCUUCUUUCCCUACUGUUCGUUCACCAAUGGUGAGACGUCCCCAACUGUAUCCAUGGCAGAAUUAGAACACCUUGCACAGAAUAUAUCUAAAUCGCAUCUGGAAACAUGCCAAUACUUGAGAGAAGAGCUCCAGCAGAUAACGUGGCAGACCUUUUUGCAGGAAGAAAUUGAGAACUAUCAAAACAAGCAGCGGGAGGUGAUGUGGCAAUUGUGUGCCAUCAAAAUUACAGAAGCUAUACAGUAUGUGGUGGAGUUUGCCAAACGCAUUGAUGGAUUUAUGGAACUGUGUCAAAAUGAUCAAAUUGUGCUUCUAAAAGCAGGUUCUCUAGAGGUGGUGUUUAUCAGAAUGUGCCGUGCCUUUGACUCUCAGAACAACACCGUGUACUUUGAUGGGAAGUAUGCCAGCCCUGACGUCUUCAAAUCCUUAGGUUGUGAAGAUUUUAUUAGCUUUGUGUUUGAAUUUGGGAAGAGUUUAUGUUCUAUGCACCUGACUGAAGAUGAAAUUGCAUUAUUUUCUGCAUUCGUACUGAUGUCAGCAGAUCGCUCAUGGCUGCAAGAAAAGGUAAAAAUUGAAAAAUUGCAACAGAAAAUUCAGCUAGCUCUUCAACACGUCCUACAGAAGAAUCACCGAGAAGAUGGAAUACUAACAAAGUUAAUAUGCAAGGUGUCUACAUUAAGAGCCUUAUGUGGACGACAUACAGAAAAGCUAAUGGCAUUUAAAGCAAUAUACCCAGACAUUGUGCGACUUCAUUUUCCUCCAUUAUACAAGGAGUUGUUCACUUCAGAAUUUGAGCCAGCAAUGCAAAUUGAUGGAUAUGGACCCUUUUUCUGUCUUGACUUCUUGAUCGUUGACCUCUGUUUACAACAGAAGGAGGGUACUAAAGUCGGAGGAUUUCCUUUUCUUGUAGCUCACUGCCCACAGACUUUCUACAGAGUCACCAAUCUGUCAGUAACAACAGCGAGUCCAGCAAUAAUCGGUGACUGAUGUGCAUAGCGGAGGUUGCGGCAUUAUUUUGCACAACUAGCUCUUUGUUUCAUGAAGGAAGUUUUUAUUUUUUCACCGAUUAUUGCCAGUCCGCAGGAUGGCAUGAAAAGGGUCCAUAGCAGUAGCAACAAUAGCAUUAUAAUAUAUUACAGGGUAAAUGGGCAUGAAGACUAUAUAUAGCUAAAAGAGAUAUUGUUUAUAUAUUGUUUUAAGUAAUAUAAAAUGUAGUUACUGGUGUAGCUUUUCCUGUUGAAUUGAUAAGGCACUUUCAUUUUGCACCUUUUUCUUUAAAUUAAAUGCUAGCGUGUUCACUGUCGUGUCGCAUGUGCACCAGAAACACAAGUUUAACUGAGAAGGCUUGGAAGGUACGUUGGGAGGUAUUUAUGCUGCUGUUUACAAAAUUACUUUUAAAAGACUGGCUGGUCAUAUCUAGAAACCACCACGUUGGAUUUUUUUUUUUUUUAACAUGUGAAUUUAGAAUUAGAAACGGAACUCUCCCUAAAUUAUACUUUCCUUUUUGGUUAAGUUUAAUGAUAGAUGUGUUUAUGCUUCAUACAAAGUUGAAUGAUUGAUUGGCGCGGUGGACGUAUACCAUUAUGAUCAUUUUUUUUUAAAGCUUUUUAAAAUGCCACCUCAUGGAGGUGAGAGGGAGGAGAAGCUCAUUUUACACAAUUCAGUAGUUAAAUAUGGACUUGGUCUCAACUUGGAAUUCUUAUGUUUUGAGAACAAAUCAAUAACCAGAAUAUUUAUUGGAAUCUAGCCUUUAUUAUAAGAAGGACCCAAAGAUUAUAUCUUGAGCAAAUGCACACUCCCCAUGUGAGGAUAUGAAGCAUUUACUUUGUGAAUGUUUAUGUUCUUGAUAUAAUCUAGGAACCCUAUGAGUUUAUCUCAGAGUGAACUAAUUCUAGAUUUGUUGUCAAUAGAUGCUAUAAUUCAAGAAUGUUGCUCUCCAUAUUUGAAAAACGAUGGAUAGGAGGGUGAGGGAAGCAUACAAUGUUGAACCAGUUUCUCUUAUUUAGAUAUUAAAUACUUUAAGCCUUUAAAGUGAAGUUGAUGCUAGCUGCAAACAUUUACUCUUGUAUUUAUCUUCACUAGGAAACUGUAGACUGUAAUUUAUUUUAUUAAAUAUUUAGAAGAUUAUUUGGCUUGUGUGUUCAGGUGAGAAACACUGAGUUGUUUUUGUUUAAUUUCAUGGUUAUUUUAAUAAUCCCUAGUGAGGGAAGGGGAAAGGAAUAGUCUGUUAAACAGGUGUGCAUAUUUUAAAAACAAGUGACCUUUUGGGAAUGUAGGCAUUUAGACGAUGAUUUUAGUCGCACUAGGGGUGGGAUUCAAACUACUGGUCAAAGACCAUUUUGUACAGAAAAGGGAACAUCUCUGAUGGGUGUUAAUGUAGGAGUUUCCACGCAGCCCUUUAUGUCCGAGAAAUAGUCUCCUCUGCCAUUGGGGUCCCUGCGGAAUCUUCUACAGGAAUUGCAGCUCUUCACGUCAUGCUGGGUUACCAGCAUGGGCUUCCCAGAGCACUUCACUCUGUUUCUAACUCCACUGACUUUUCUGACUUGUUUCCUGAGGGACUUGGAAAAGGGGAAGGUAUUAUUCACAUAGAUGUGUGUAUGAAGCCUAAAUAACAUCCAAUUUUUUUUCCAAAAACAUAGUAAGGGUUUAACCAUAAAUAGAAGAGUAAUAUUCCUUUAAAUUUCUUACAGGCAUGUAAAAUUUUAUGUGUUUAUAGAGAGAUGCUGUCAGCAGAUAGUAUUUAUAUUGGGGCAAGAAGGGUUAAAUCAAAUCUUUAAGUAAGCAUAGUUCCUUUAAAGAUCAAUAGUAUUUAUACUCUGAAAAGAGUACCAAGCUUAGUUCAGUUAUUUAUUCAUCCAUUUUUUUCCUAUUGUUUCUCCUCUAUGGGGAAAUGGUGUUUUGUUUUUGUUUGAGUUUUGUGUUUUGGUUUUUUGGUUUUGGUUUUUUUUUUUUGUCAUUCAGAUUCACUAAAUUUGGGGAUGGUUUUAUUAAAGUAUAUUAACUUCUUUUUAACCAAAGCUUUCUGAAUAUGACCAGCCUCAGGUGCUAGCGCAUUAAAGAGCAACUAAACCUAAUUCCAGUGUCGAUCUGUGAAAUAAUAAAAGCUAAUUGAAUUUCUCUAAGGGUGAGAGAGAACAUAAUGAUGAACUUAAAAAGAAAUUCCUUUUCCCAGAAAGGAUUCUGCAUGUACCUACAAACAAUCAUGCUCUAACCACAGUAAUAGUCAUGCCAUGGUGACAUUGCUUUUACAGUAAACCAAGAUAGGUAAUAUGAUGCUUCUUCCCAGGUGUUUCUGAAAGAAAAGCAGGGGUGGAGCUUAAGAGCCAAGUCCACUGAUUGACAUAGGAGAAUGGAAUUGUGGACAGAGACAUGCUCCGUGAAACAAGGAAACAACUGACUACUAUUUGGAUCUAAGUUGGGAUCUGAUGUUAAACAAUAAAUUCAGUUUAAAAAAACAUAUGGGGCUCAGAAAAGAAUGCGAAAAACUUUGCAUUUUCCUUUCUUCAUUAUUAUAAAAACACCUAUGUGAUGACAUAAAAUACUUGGGUGAUAUCAGAACAAUUAUCCUUAAUAGUUCUUAUAAUUAAAGUUUCCUAAACUUCAAUCUCCAAUAGUCUUUUAAGGAUUGGAACCACAUCACUGUCAGCCCCGCUGCUACAAUGCCUUUAUACAAUUUUUUUUACAUAAGGCAAAUAAGGCUUUUGUACAAAGCCUGAAUACCUUCUGUUCCAAUGGUGUCCAAAUGGUUAUUAUAUUGUGAAAAACCUGGCCUUGGUCACAGUGCAAACAAAAGUAUAGAUGAAAGUGCUUUUUGGACAGUUUGCAAAUGUGUUAAAGCUAUGGAUUUUUUUUAAAGUGUUCAGCAUCUUAACGUGUAUUAAAGCUAUGGAUUUUUUUAAAAGUCUUCAGCAUCCUAAUUCACCCUUUCUAACUUAAGAAAAACAUGACUUAAGACACUGUUUCUAAGUUUGGUUGUUCUUUAUAGUGUGGAUACCCAGUUAUCUGUGAGCGUAUGGGGGUGGGCUGAGGGUCAGGUGAGGAAGGAGUGUGUGUGUGUGUGUGUGUGUGAUUUGCAUGUGUAUGAUGUGUGUGCGUCGGACCGCUUCUAGGCUACUAAGUGUCAAUGGAAAAGAAAAUGUAUUCAAAAUACUUAAAUCAAAACUAGAAGAUGGGGAAAAAAAGAUUUAUUCUAUACAAAGCCUUGUCUGGACCACUUUAGAGAGACUUCUAUUUUUUUAACCCUUCUAUAAAUAUUUGAUGGCACUUGAAAUAUUCCUGCAAUAAAAUGUGAUUUGUGUAAAGAAAAAAAGAUUUUGUAAUGUGAAACAAAGAAAGAAAGUAAUGUAAUUUUCUAAAAAAAAAAAUACAAACAAACAAACUUUGUAUUAUUUUCUUGAUGGAAUUUGUCUAUCUGUCUUUGGAAAACUUUUUAUUUCAUUGAAUGUGCCAUAGUAGAAAUGUGUGUUUUUAGUUUUAGACUAAGGAAUAGCUAGUUGUUGUGUUCCGACAUUCCAAAAUGCAAAACAACCUAGUAGUAUCUUUCAUGAAAAGGUUUAAGUAGUAUGUAAGCUUCUCUCAUUGUUGCUUUUUUGCACAUGUUCUUCAUUCCUCUCUAGUGCAAUAUGUACAUAGAGCACUUGCGGGUGUACCUUGAUCCCUCAGGGAAAAAUACAUAUUUGUACAGUUUUUUGGGGUUUUUUUGUUUUUUGGUUUUUUUGUUUUGCCUUUUGUUUUUGGCUAAGGAAUGUCGAUCGAAUCACUUGUUAUUGUUGAGGGGCAGCCAGAUAAUAAUCCUAAAGCCACUGUUUCAAACAUUGAUUGUUUAAAUCAUAUGUCCUUCCAAUGCUAUUAUUUUAAGAUAAUAAUAAAAAGUUAUUUUCUGACAGUUCUUUGUGCUGAUUGGUGAAAAACAAGGGUAAAUAAGCACCUUAUAAUUGACUUACUGUGAAUGACAAUCCAUCUUGGUAUCAACGAUAGAAGCCCUAUCAUUUUGGAGUUGGGGUUAAGAGUCAGAAACAAUGUGCUCAGGGAUCUCCUAAAACUCUUAAAACAGGGUGGCCAGUACUACUGGGACAAAUUGUUUUUUAUUAUUAAUAAUAAUGAUAAUAAUACUAUCCCUCCAAGGCACAAGUGAACUAUAUAGAACUGCGUGUGUGUAAACUCUUUACUCUCGUCUCAUUUUGUUGAGUUCAGAACUUGACGUGCUCUUCAGUCUUGUGUUUCAAAACACUGAAUAACUUCCAAAGCAAAGUUAUGCCAGUGUGUUCAAAAGAUAAAUUAAUAAUGUACCAGCAAAGAGCAUCAAAGUAUAGUCCUUGCAUAUUCCAGUUACCAUUUCUCUAAUAAUUAAAAUAUUCAUGAUAAAUAUAUAUAUAUAUAGCAUCAUAUGUUAAAAACUAUUUCAAAUUCUACAUAUUAAGGAUGAAAAUUUUAAAAACCAGUAAUAAGAGGAGAGACCUGCCUAUCAGUACAGUGAUAUAGGUAAAAGAUAAAAUAUGUUUUUAAAAUACCAGCAAUUAACUAUUGUUUUCAUGUGCUCUCCUCUAGAAGCAAACCAAAAAUUCCUUCAUGGAAAACAAUUCUUACUUCUACAUGUGUAGUUUAUAUCUGAUGCAUUACAAGAGCUAAUGUUUAAAGACAAAACAAAACCUGCCUAUAUAGACAGCAGCAACUCGAGCCAACAUUUAGUGUUACAUGUUAUAUUUUUGAAAUACAGUUUUGUUAUCAUAUUCCACAUAUUACUUUCCAUAAAGUCAGAGAAGUUGAAUUGUUGGCUCUGAUUCUUCCACCUUGGGAUAUACAUUCACAAGAAGAUUUAUAUAUUUUCUUACUAUGAUAGAGGAACAUAAUCUGGGAAAACUUCCCAUGUCUAUAAGAUGAAAAGGAUACCUUUACCAUGUUGUUUUGGAUAAUAAAGAAUAUGGAAAAUGGUAGAAAUCUCUCCUGUGUGUAUUCGUAUAUGUGUGUAUACACACACACGUUGACAUUUUUACAUAACAUGUGAUUGCCACUUCUUAUAAAGUUAUGAUAUAGAACCCCAUGAAAACAACUUUAUAUUAUAGAUCAAAUAAUGUGCCCAGAAAUGCAAUUGCAACAGCAAAUCUUGAUCUAUUGGUAAUAGUCUAUGAUACAGGUCUUCAUUCUAUCCCUAAACAUAAUGUUAGUAAAGACAUUCCAUCAGAUUUUAUUAUAGAGAACUUCCUAUUGCUAUUUAUUUUUAAGAGAUGAGAAGACUGACUAGCAAUGUCUCCACAGUGCAGUUGCUUUCACUUCUGGGUCUGUCUGUCUGUUUGUGUAGGUGAGAUCAGUGUUGUCAGGCUCUCAGAAUAAUUUUUAAAAGAAUCCAGAAGCCUGACUUCAUACCAAGUAGCCAUCCUAGAUGGGCAGGAGGGGAUCUCCAUGUUCAACCAAACCCUCAGAACUUAGAGCAAUAAAUACAUUCAGUCAUUUAUUUAUAAAUGAAUGACAGAAUAUUCAAUCCAAAUAGAAACAACCUUUUUUCAGUGAUGCAACAUAACAUGGAGUCUUAUAUUGAGAAAGUGAGUAUGAAUAUUUUAAAUAGAUGCCUAGGAAAUCUGUGUUUGCUGUUUACAUUUAGUGUACUUUGCCACAUUAGCAGUACCACACUUUUACUUGCAUCCUUCUAAGAACUAAUGAAAGAUAGCUUGCUAUUAGCUUUGACAUGCUGCACAUGCCAUUAUGUUGUUCUCUAAGAACAACUAAAUUCUCUCCAGUGUUCACGUGAUUCCUUUUUCAUCAUUAUUACUUUAAUGUGGAUGAAUACUAUUUCUAGGAACUUGAUUAUCAUUGAACAGAUUGCAUAUGUAAAUGCAGAUAAUUCUUGAGCAAUAUAGUGAAAAUGCUUUCACAAAAAAAAAUCCAUAUGUACUGUAUACAUCUUCCUGAAUCCAAAAUUCUCUUGUUAUCCACACAGUUUGAAAUCUCAUAUUAAACAGUGGUAAAUUUUUAAACAUUAGGACAUUAGCUGGCUGCUUCUAUAAAUGUACCUGUAUUGUCUGCCUGCUCCUUUUGUGGAGAUGUGUUUUUGUAUUGGAUGUUUGGGCCAAUGGGAGGCUUCAAGCUACAACAUAUUUUCCCAGUUUAAAUAAUAUUUAACAUAUGACAAACCCCAGACAAGGCUUUUAAUAUGUAUAAAGAACUGCAGUGUUAGGUGGUUUAUUUGCAAACCGUUUUCAAUGUUGUCCAUUUUUAUGGCACCUUUAACAAUAUUCUUGUUUCCAAAGUACAAAAAAAAUAGGUUAAAUAAUCUAGCCAUAACUGAAUGUCAAGCAAUAAAACAAAUGACUUUUGUGCAUAGACUUAAAAAAUACAAAUUUUAGACAUCUGCAUGUAAAUGCAAUCUCUUGUUUACUGCUUUCUUCAACUUGAGCAAUUGAUUCCUUAUUUACUAUUAACUUAAGAACUUGUAAUGGCCUGUAAACAUUUUCUCUCUUACUCUUCUUUCAAAUUUACCUGUCCCUGCUUUUGAGUCAUAAUAUUUAAUGUUGUUCUGCACAUCUCUAUACAGUUAACUUUUUGGCUUUCAUUCUGUAUAGAUAAGAAAAUGUUAUAUUAUAAACAGCCUACUCAGUGCAAAUAUUUAUCUGUUUAUCAAAUCCACAAUAUGCUGUAUAAUACCGGUUUUACUAUAUAAUCUAUUUUAGACAUAGCUGUUUAGAACUAGAGUGUGCUAUUUUUGUGUUUUUCUGAUGUGUGGUGCUAGACAAGUUACUUUUGUGAACAACAAAAAUUAUCCCUUUUAUUCCUAGACAAUACCACCUUUGGGUCUUGUUAAUUUCACUGAGUAUAACUAUAUAUUUGUAUAUAUAUACAUAUAUAUAUAUAUCUACCUAUGCCCAACUGGCAGCUGUAUCAGAGUGCUGGAUUUGGGACAUGCUUUUCUCUUUAAAUCCAUAAUAUCAUUAUAUAAAUUAUUCUAGAGUGUAUUUAAUUAGGAUAAAAUUACUUCCUUAGUAUGGAUAUUUGACAUCUAUAGGGUGAAUUUGUUUAUAAAUAUGGCUAUAUGGAAACUUAUUAGCAUUUACUUUAUGUUUGCUACUUGGCUUUAUAGCAUAUCUCCUAAGCUGAAAAAUAAUUUGCCAGGCCUUCAAGAUCCUAAAGAAACUUGUUUAAUGGAGUAAUAUACUUUUUUUUCUUAUUAAGGAAUUAUAUUAUUGGCAUCUAACACAGUUGUAUUCUUAGCUCCUAUUAUAGAUAAUAGGCAUUGAUAUAAAAUAUCCUAGAUGGCUUGAUGGCAGAAUAAACCUUUCCCCUCCUACCUGAGUCAUGAGAAGGAUGGAGACGUCCUCUGCCAUAACAUGGGCCAUAAAGCAAAUUCGACACGGGAUGUUCUGUUUCAGUACGACCUCAACCAGUUCCAUGAACUGAGUGAAGGACCUUCAUUUUUAAAGUUAUUUAAUAAGUAGCUUAAUUAAGCCUUUCUACCCAUUCUCCCAAGAUCUAUUGGCAUUAUUGAAAAGCAAAGUUUAUCAAAUAUCUAACUAAGGAUGUAGUUAACCUUAUUAAAUAUUGAUUAGAAUUGUUCUGUAAUAUUACUGAAUUUGUAAGAUCUUUAGCAAAGAUUUUUGAGCAAUUUAUAAAUGUAGAGCAAAUGUUUCUGUUUACUGCACUUUUUGUAAUUGAAGGUGAUAAAUUCUCAAGCCAUGAUUAUUGGCUUCCAUGCACUGCAAUAUUUACCCACAAUUCUAGACAUUUUCCAUUUUUGUGGAAGAGUUGCUGUUACCUUAAUUAUAAAUGCAAUUGUGUGGUUAAUGAGAGCUAAUGCUAGUAGUUAACCUUUUAAAGUGGAUUGGCUACAGUUGAGGGAGAUAUCUCUUUUAAUAUAAAUCACAUCAUUCCUUAACUGCCUUGCUUGUAAAGAGAUUGAAACCUUUUUUUUAAAGCACCAUUUAGCAUCCUAAGCUUCCUGAGGGUAGAGAUUGUAUCUCUUUGCGUCUGCACAAUGGCUAGCACAUGUCAGCAUUUGACAAUUGUUAAAUGAUAACAAGUGUGCCCCAAUUAAAACAUUUUUCCUGGGUUGUUUUGUUAAAUUUAUAAAGUAAGCCAAGCCUUACGGUUAACAUUCUCCUCCACAACCAAGUAUUAAAGCCACAUUUAAAAAGACCACAUGAAAUGCUGAUUCUAAUUGUGUGUAGGUCUUGAGGAUUAAGCACACAAAUUUCACAAACCUCUGUUUGAGUAAACAAACUCAGCCUUCUGUAAAUAUACAUGCAAGUUUGGAAACAGUAAUACUGUACCUAUAAAUAUAUGCUGUCUGUUUUGUGUACAGUAUGUAAAAACUCCUUUUCUGCCACACUAAAAAUGCAAGCCAUUUAUGGGAAUCCUAAAACUAGUAUUGAACUAAAACUUUGCUAAUGAUCUUUAUUAGAGGAUCAUCCAACUUUUCACUUACCUUGGGUUUUCUUUUCAAUUCACUCUUACAGUAGUCUGCUUAUUUCCAGCUGUUUAUUUUAUCAAGUCCUGAAUUUAAAAAAAAAAUAUUUUGAUUCAUUUUGUAAAUACAAGCUGUACAAAAAAGAGAGAUUUAAUGUUGUCUUUUAAAUACUCCAAUUUUCAUUCUAAUAUGAAUGUUGUUAUAUUGUACUUAGAAACUGUACCUUUAAUAUUACAUUACCUUUAUUAAAAGUGCAUUGAACACAUCAAUUUUAGAUGUGCUUUAUGUACUGUUAUCCUAUAAUAAAACUUCAGCUUCUAAUGGAAAA